CAUUGGUGAGUUGUUCACUUUCUGCUUUUUGACGUUUCUCCUCAACUACCGGUUGGACUGACGUGUUUCUGUAAAUUCAUAAAGUUUUACCGUACAAAAUUUGUUUCAGGAGUCAACCGAAUUGACUAAAAAUGCACACAUUUUUGACAAGAGGAAACGCGUUAUUGACGUUUACCCUUAGUGUUCUAGCUGGGCUUACUUUCUUUUGUUUUCUAUCGACCGCACUGAAUGCGUAUUCCGCUACAGCAAACAUUGACACCGUCAAAGUAUUAGUUAAAAAUGUCCCCGACUAUAGUGCACAAAAAGAGAAGCAAGAUCUUGGGUACCUGAUGUUUGAUCUCCAGGCUGAUCUGAACCCUCUAUUUAACUGGAAUGCUAAACAGUUAUUUAUCUUUCUUGUUGCUGAAUAUGAAACCACCGAUAACAAAUUAAAUCAGGUUGUUUUAUGGGACAAAAUUAUUCAACGUGGAGAAAAUGCCAAUCUUGAUAUGAAAAACAUGAACACCAACUACUACUUCUGGGAUGAUGGAAAUGGACUCAGGGGAAACCCCAAUGUUACUCUAACUCUAUCAUGGAAUGUUGUUCCAAAUGCAGGAACUCUUUCUAUUAUCAGAGGGUCAGGAUCACAUUCAUUUAGUUUCCCAAAUGAGUACACAAAUGUCAGAGCUCAGUAAAUAUAUUAUUAUUUUCAAUUACAAA